GGAACACGCCACAGACAGCUUUCACACGACUCGAACAGGACUUGACUUCAAGGCGCUGGAAAUAUUGAUCCUACGAUGCGUGCCACCUAUAAGAAGUGUCUUGGACUGCUUUUGAUCAGUGGAAUAUUGCUAUUCCUGUUUUGUACUUGGAGCCCUGGGACCAGCUCAGGAGUUGACAUACGGGGCGGUGAAAUACAAGAACUCCUCGAAGGGAAAAUCCAAGACACCAUCAGUGGCUAUCAUGACAUUUCCUACCAUAUAAAGGAUGAUGUGGCAUGUCAUUUGGCUCAAAAUACAUGUCUGUGCCGGGCUGAUGAGGCAUUUCAUCUUCCGUUCUCCAAUCUGCUGUUCCCACGUGUGUGGGCCCACAACAUUGAGCUUGCAUUCUUAGAGUCCCAUCCUGACCCAAGGGGCGUGAUGCAUCACAGAGCUCAGGAGUACAGCCGCUUUCAGAAGAGGUCCUACAAUCCUGCAGAUCUGCUUAUUGUAGCUGAGGCCAACAAUCCUCUCCAGUAUCCUACCCAGGGCGUGGAGGUGCGACCCCUCAAAACGAUCAUCAUUCCUGGUUUGGGUCUUAAAAAAGAAACAGGAUCCAGCCAUACGGUUUAUUUGACAGCAACAUUGGGGACUUUUGAUGUUGCUGCUACAGUGGACAGUGUCUCUAUUAAAGGAGAAGGAGAGAAGCACAUGACACUUUCUAGUCCUCUUCUCUCCGCUCUGAACAGGCAGCUGCAGUUCGUCACUUAUACAAACACUGUUUUCCAUCCCAAGACAGCAGAUACAGUUGAGUUUUCUACUGACGUUCACCAGUCAUUUUUCACUAUUAAAGUUGGACAUGGAGCCAUACCUAAACUUUACAACUCUGGAUAUCAAGGAGAGUACAAUAUUAGUGCUCUUGUUACCAUCGCCACCAAGACCUUUCUACGCUAUGACAAACUCAAAGACCUCAUUGACAGCAUUCGGCAAUAUUAUCCCACCGUCACCAUAGUGAUAGCAGAUGAUAAUGAACACCCAGAGUCAGUGACCGGGCCUCACAUUGACCAUUACAUCAUGCCAUUUGGAAAGGGUUGGUUUGCAGGAAGAAACCUGGCAGUGUCUCAAGUGACAACCAAAUAUGUGCUCUGGGUGGAUGAUGAUUUCAUCUUCACUGCAAACACCAAGGUGGAGAUGAUGGUGGACAUCUUAGAAAAGACUACUCUGGAUCUGGUCGGUGGUGCAGUGAGAGAGGUGACAGGUUACACUGCAACUUACCGUCACACCAUUUCAGUGGAAGAAGGGGGAGAGGAGGGUGACUGUUUACAUAUCAGAGAUGGCUAUCACCAUGUCAUCGAGGGAUUUCCCAACUGUGUGGUAGCUGAUGCAGUCAUCAACUUCUUCCUAGGAAGGACAGACAAGGUGCAGCAGGCGGGAUUUAAUCCCCGUCUGGCCCGGCACGGUCAUCUAGAGUUUUUCAUCGACGCUCUGGGCUCCCUCCACAUUGGCUCCUGUAGUGACGUCAUUGUAAGCCACGCAUCGAAGAUCAUUCUACCCUGGAGUAAAACAGACUCACAAAAGGCUUAUGACAAAUUCCGCUAUUCAUCUUCCAGUGCUGACAAUGACGUUCAUAAGGAAGACUUCUACUUCAAGAACAGGUUCAAGUGCAUGACCAGUCAUUGAAACGUGUGCUGAACAUGUCUGUUUGCUGCCUAAAUGUGAGGGAAAAAUGGGAAAUUAUUGUUUUCAGGUGAAGUGAAGACUGCAGAAAAUGAUAUUGUUAUAUUUUGCAGUUUGUUUACUACCUUAGCACUUGCUGUUGAGAUUGUGUGGACUGAUUUUUUUUCUAUGAACAGAUUACAAUUCUUUGGUCAAAGUAUCAUGAUAUCUUUAAUGCGCUGUGUUGAUAUCUAUGUAAUGUGACUUGAAAAAGAUAAAACGACACAAUCUGUAGAGGUUCAACCAACCUUCACUAAUCAAGCCGAGUGCGAUGUAAUCAGUGGUUCCCAAACUUUUUCAUCUAACAAACACCCCGUGCCCUGCCAGAUGGGCUCAAGUUCUGUAAAUCAUUAAAUUAACUGUUCAAUAGAUAGCAUGAAUAUCCUUGAAUUGUUAAUUAGUAAUUCACCUCAGAGACAAUGGUACGUGUGGGAACGUAUCUGUUGCUGCAUCUACAAAUGUCAGAUUUUAUUUUUAAAUACAAAUGAUGUGACCAUUAAAUAAUGUUAUUUGUUUAGCUAUAUGUGUCAUGUGACAUGUUGCACUGCACUGGCAACAGCUCAACAUGUAUGUUAUGCCACUCAAAGGCCUAGGCUUAUUUAUCAUAUUUGUUGUUUUCCCAAUAAAAAACAUGGCUCAUGGAUUUAUCAUGGGGUUUUUUUACUCAGGUAACAUGUAUGUUUAUAACAUGCUUUGAAUGUAUUGUGACACUGUAUUUGUGCACUUGGCUGUGUAGGUAUAAAAAAUGAAGAUGUGAUGUGAUGUUAUGAUGUGCAAGUAAACUGAAUAAAAAUGACACAGUUGAA